AAUCGGCUCACCCAAAAAGGCGCCGUGGCCUCUCUCACGCUUCUCUCUGACGAAAGAAAGUUUAUUGUCAAAUACGUAUUGUCAAGAACGGUUCCAUAUUUCCAUAGCGAAUAGAAUACGAAAAUUCACAUAAAAACAUGCCGUCUGUAACGUUAAAAGACGUAGACCAGCAAAAAUUCGUGAAGGCUUUUGCAGCCUUUCUGAAAAAAACCGGCAAGAUGCGAGUGCCAGAGUGGGUGGAUCUCGUGAAGACGGCCAAGUUCAAGGAGCUGGCGCCCUACGAUCCCGACUGGUACUACAUCAGGUGUGCGGCCCUGGUGCGUCACAUUUAUAUCCGCAGCCCGAUCGGAGUCGGCGCGGUCACGAAGAUCUUCGGUGGACGCAAACGCAACGGCACUCAUCCCAGCCACUUCUGUCGAUCGUCGAGCGGCGUCGCGCGGAAGGCGCUCCAGAGCCUGGAGCAGUUGAAGCUCAUCGAGAAGGCGCCCCUCGGCGGACGUAAACUGACCAGUCAGGGACGCAGGGACUUGGAUCGCAUCGCUGCACAAGUUAAAGCCAAGAGCAAAAAACAGCUUAAGCUUCAAGAGGCGAUUGUAAUCUAAAUAGCCUUUCUUUAAUAAAAUUAAGAAAUGUAAAA